GUGUAUCUCCUUCCGUAACCUAACACUUGAAAAAAAAUGUACCUCAUUUAAAGGCCACGGCAUAAGAUGGAUGAAUCACUGCAAUCAACACGUUUUAUGCAAUAUUUUUAAAAGAGGUUAUUUAAUUCCAACCAUAUAUGCAGUUGUGAUUCUUGAUAAGAUUGAAAGAUAAAAAUCUAUUGAAAGGUAUUGGCAACAAUAGAAUUCCUUGAAAUUGACCGAAACUGAAAGUUGAGUGCAUAAAUUCCCAACAGAAACAAAAAAUAAGAAUUGUGGAGAUUGCUUCGAUAACAAGUCUGGUAUGGCAUGUGCAUCCUCAGUACUAGGUUCUUUUUCUAACCUCCAAACGGAGGGAAUUCAAUUAGUGGUCGCUCUUGACGUCGGUACUACCCACGCAGGAAUAGCUUGGUCUCUUUGCAGUGAUUUCGAGAAGUAUCCUUUACGCAUCACCAGUCUGCAAUGGCCGACCAAUGUCGGCGCGUCACAAACCGCCUAUAAAACGCCUUCUGUUCUCUUGGUGAAAUCCAAUGGAGAGUUCGUGGCGUUUGGUUACGAUGCCGAGGAAAAGUACAGCGAGCUUGCAAACGACGAUGCUCAUUACGGAUACUACUUCUUUAAAGACUUCAAAAUGGCGCUUUACGAAAACGAGAAACUUCGCAGUGAUCAUCUGUUCGUUGAUGCCGAGGGACAUGCAAUGAAAACCAAAGACAUUUUUGGACACAUCAUUCGGUACAUGAAACAACGUCUUCUGGAUGAUCUGAAAACUAGAGGAAACACAGUCAAGAAGGAUAAUAUUCUUUGGGUAGUUACAGUGCCUGCAAUUUGGAACGACGGCGCGAAGCAGUUUAUGAGAGAAGCUGCAUUGGCGGCAGGCAUAUCAGAGAAGCGGUUACGACUUGCUCUGGAACCCGAAGCUGCGUCUAUAUACACAAGGGAAAUCCUUUUAGAGAGAUCAAGCACUGAUGACCAAGAGGAAUCCCUAGUGUUUAAACAGGGCAUGAAGUACAUCGUCAUUGAUCUUGGAGGUGGGACAAUUGACUUUACCCUCAAAGAGGUUGUAGACGACAAUACCAUCAAAGACUUUCAUCAGGCCACCGGAGGUCCCUGGGGAGGUCGCACGGUCAAUCGGAUGAUCCUAGAUUUCCUGGAAGAUCUUUUGGGUAAAGACGUACUUGAGGAACUGAAAACAAACCACAAAUCUUCCUGGUUAGAGUUAGAAAGAGAGGUCGAGUUGAAAAAGAAAAACGCAAAAGGAGACAAAGAUGGACGCAUUUUGAUCCAAAUGCCUGGCGAAUUACUGGACGUGUUUGAGAAGAAAACGGGCAAAAAGCUAAUAAAUUCAACUGCGUUUGAGUCGAAGUACGCUGGGAAAAUUGAUAUCAAAGGCAAAAAACUCAGAAUAGAUAAAUGUAUUGUUGAGUCUUGCUUUAAAAAGUGUCUGGAAGACAUAAUUCAACACACUAAAAGUAUUCUAGAAAAACCAGAGGCCAAAGGAACGCAGUACAUCAUACUUGUUGGUGGCUUUGCCGAGUCAGAAUACAUGAAAACGGAAAUGCCAAAAGCGUUUGAAGAUUUCAAAGUCUUCAUUCCUGAUGAGCCAUGGCUUGCUGUAAUGCGCGGAGCAGUCAUGUUCGGACAAAGGCCAUCUGUCGUAGAGUCUAGAAUUGCAAGGUAUACGUACGGUAUUGCAACCAUCAGGUUUUUCCUUAAGGAUUUCGACAACCCUAAGCACAGGAUCUACGAGGACAACGUACCGUACUGCAGAAAUGUAUUUGACAAACUUGCGGAGGUUGGCCAGUCGUUUCGGCUGGGUGAAACCGUCACCACAGAGGUGUUUGCUCACAAAGAGUUUAUGUCUAAAAUGAAGGUCAAGGUGUUCAGAUCUACUGAAAAGGAUCCUCGUUACGUCACGGAUGAAAGCUGCACAGCAAUCGGAGAGAUGCUUGUCGCUAUGCCUGGCUAUGGCAAGGAUAGAAAAGUCACAGUUUCCCUUUGUUUUGGAGAGGAAGAAAUUACCUGCAGUGGAAUAAACGAAUCAAAUGAAUCAGUGCACGUGAAACUUAAUCUCCUCGCAGAUAAUUAGAUUGAUUGUGCAUGGAUACUACCUGUGCAUGUGAAGUGAAUAUUUUUAUCCUUGACGAAACAUCGUUUUCAAAAGCACUGAAGAUACGUGUACACAAUGUGUGUAUAAUUUUUAGAUCUAGAGAGACUAGAAAGAGAUUAAGGAUUAUUUGAUAGCAAAUAUUCACAAAUUCAUGGGGAUGUAAUGUUACAGUGUAGUGGAUUUCAUUGUAUGAUAAAUGUGUUCAUAUUACGUUCAGUAUGUAUAUUAGUUUGUGUGUGAUGCCAGUAGAUGUUGAAAAUAGAAAAUGAAAGAAAAUAUGAUUUAAGUUUGGUUGAAAAAAUAAAAUAUUAAAAAAUGUAUGUCUUGAUCACAAUAGUUCACAAAGACUAAAGUCCCUGAAGCAUUUAAACUCGGGACCUGCAGAUCAGAAGACCAAAGCUUUGCCCAUUGUGCUACAGAACUAGACGGUGAUCAAUCAACAAGUACCGGUAUUUCUUUUAAAGGAAUCAUAGGCAUGUGUUAUCAUCGG